AUGGGGGAGACCUUCCUGCGGUGUCCGCUGCGCACGCCGCGUGGCCCGUUUCUGGUGUCGCUCCCGCCGAAUGGCGAGUUCCUGCAGGGCACUCCGGAGCAAGUUGGCCGGGCCAGUGACCCUGCAUUCUGCAUUCCUGUCCAGGAAAUGGUUGCUGUGAGGCUUGGAGCAGCCAGUGAGGCAAAGAAGGUCUUGGGCCCCAUAGAGAAUGAAAACUGCUUCACUGUGUUUUUUGUACAGCGGGGAAAGCAAGAGUGUUGGAGCCUGGGAGAGCUAGAGUUCACCGCCCCGCCUGCCUCACAGCUGGCAUUACGCUGGGUCAAUGCACUGCAGAUCUGGAUUCAUCUCCACGGUGUUACCCGACCCAAGAGCCUCCUUGCCUUCAUCAACCCCUUUGGGGGGCGCAAGCAGGCUGUGGAGAUCUACCGAAGUCAGGUGGCCCCACUCUUUGCCCUGGCUGGGAUCUAUGUUCAAGUUGUAGAGACUUGCCAUGCCAAGGAGGCUCGUGACUACAUCCUGCAGCAAGACCUGUGUGACUUCGAUGGGCUGUUAAGUGUGGGAGGUGACGGCACGUUCAACGAGCUGAUGCAUGCCUUGAUUGAACGGACACAGAGAAAAGCAAGGGUCCAUGAGGAUGACAUUGAUGGAGAGCUCCUGCCUCCAAGACUUCGUAUUGGCAUCAUACCUGCAGGUUCUACGGACUGUAUCUGCUUUGCAACGGUGGGAACAAAUGACCCUGUCACCUCUGCUCUGCACAUCAUCAUAGGAGACAGUCAGCCCAUGGAUGUCUGCAGUAUUUGGCACAAUGGGAAGCUUCUGCGCUACUCGGUCUCCUUGGUUGGUUAUGGCUUCUAUGGUGAUGUGGUGAGUGCCAGUGAGAAACACCGCUGGAUGGGGCCAAUGCGCUACACUUAUGCAGGAGCCAAGGCAGUGCUCAACAACCGUAGCUAUGAAGGCAUGGUGGAGUUCCAGUUGGCAGGGACAAAGGAGUCCAGUCCGCGGGACCAGACCCGCUGCCGGGCAGGGUGCAUGGUCUGUUCAGAAUCUAGCAAAGAUAUUUUGGUUGGAAACAAGGAAGAAAAGCUGUCUAAGUCAGAGAAGCAAGCAGGAGGUGAAUGGCAGCAGGUUCAGGGCCGCUUCCUAGCUGUUAACUUGACCUGCAUGAGCAGUGCCUGCCCCAAGAGCCCUGAAGGUCUCUCACCCUGUGCGCAUCUGGCCGACGGAACUGCUGACCUGAUCCUGGUGCACGAAUGCUCUGUGCUGUCCUUCCUGAAGCAUCUGACACGACACACCAAUUGCUCGGACCAGUUUGACCUGCCCUUUGUGAGUGUCUACCGGGUCCGGGCUGUUCGUUUCACCUCCUCAAAAGCAAAGGACUGUGGGGAUGCAGAGCUGGCUGUGCGAGAACACAAGGGACUGUGUGGGGGAACGUGCCAGGAACGACCUCCAGUCAGCUGCUGGACCUGUGAUGGCGAGACUUUAAGCCAUGCUGACAUCAGCAUUAGAGUACAUGGGCGGCUCAUUCAUCUCUUUGCUCGUGGCAUUGAACAGGCAUCCUGCACAUCAUAG